CUAUAAAAACCGCCCCUGUCAACGAACUCAAUCUCCCAUUCCCCAAGAACAUUUUCCACAUAAUUCAUCGUACCAUACCUCAAUCUUCCCAGGAAGUUUCUGUAAUUCGAUCUCGAAUCUUUGCACAAACAACUUUUAUGCUCAUAUUUGUUCCUGAUCAACCAUUCCCUUUGCAGACCAAUGAAAUCGAUCAACUUUAUGACGAUGAAACCCUGUUGUAGAGUUCUAAUCUCAAGAAAGAUUUCACCUUUUCUGGGCAUUCCUUUGCCCAAUUCUCACCAAUUCUUUGCCCCAAAUUCAUCAGCUUUUCAAUUCAACCAGAGUCUCCAUACAGCCCCUAAAACUCGAAUCGCGAAUCUUCAGAGCAUUUUGAAAGAGAACCAGCAACCAUUUUUUGCCCCAAGUUCCACCCGGGGUCAAUCAAGGAUAUUCUCAAGUUCUUGCCUUUGUGGCAAAUUAUCGCACAGGGGGCUAUAUGUGAUUGCCAGGGUUGCAUCUGUUAGGAAUUAUUCAACUUCAGUUGAAACCCGCGUUAAUGAUAAGAAUUUCGAGAGGAUUUAUGUUCAAGGUGGGCUAAAUGUGAAGCCUUUGGUGGUGGAAAAGAUUGAUUUGGAUGAAAAUAUUGUUAGCAAUGAGGAGCCUAAUGUCAAGGUUGGCGAGGAUAGUUUAGAUGAUAAGAGUUCUGAUGGUUUGAGUUCUGUUGAGGCGGUGAAAAAUGUAGGCAGAGAGCAGUCUGAGGUGGACAAAGAGGCUUGGAGGUUGUUAGAGAAUGCAGUGGUAUCGUAUUGUGGCAGCCCUGUUGGGACUCUGGCUGCCAAUGAUCCAAAUGACAAGUUGCCACUCAAUUAUGAUCAGGUGUUUAUAAGGGAUUUUGUUCCAUCUGCCCUUGCAUUUUUACUCAAGGGAGAUUCGGAAAUUGUCAGGAAUUUUCUCCUCCAUACUCUGCAAUUGCAGAGUUGGGAGAAAACAGUCGACUGUUAUAGUCCAGGGCAGGGGUUGAUGCCAGCAAGUUUUAAAGUAAGAACUGUCCCUCUUGAUGAGAACAAGUCUGAAGAAGUUUUAGACCCAGAUUUUGGGGAGUCAGCUAUUGGCCGUGUUGCUCCUGUUGACUCUGGAUUGUGGUGGAUUAUUUUACUGAGGGCUUAUGGAAAGAUCACUGGUGACUAUGCAUUACAGGAAAGAGUGGACGUUCAGACAGGCAUAAAACUGAUUCUGAACUUGUGUUUGUCUGAUGGGUUUGAUAUGUUUCCAUCAUUGCUAGUCACUGAUGGCUCCUGUAUGAUUGAUCGAAGGAUGGGUAUUCAUGGCCAUCCAUUGGAAAUUCAGGCCUUGUUUUACUCUGCUCUUCGUUGCUCUCGUGAGAUGCUUCGGGUAGAUGACGGAUCAAAGAAUCUAAUAAGGGCCAUUAAUAAUAGACUCAGUGCAUUAUCAUUUCAUAUCAGAGAAUAUUAUUGGGUUGAUAUGAAGAAGAUAAACGAAAUUUACAGAUACAAGACUGAGGAAUACUCUACAGAAGCCACAAAUAAGUUUAAUAUCUAUCCUGAACAAAUACCUCAUUGGUUAAUGGAUUGGAUUCCUGAGAAAGGUGGUUAUCUUAUUGGUAAUCUACAGCCAGCUCAUAUGGACUUCAGAUUCUUUACUCUUGGAAAUCUCUGGUCCAUUGUUUCGUCUUUGGGUACUCCGAAACAGAAUGAGGCUAUUUUGAAUUUGAUUGAAGCGAAGUGGGAUGACCUUGUGGGUCUCAUGCCUCUAAAGAUAUGUUACCCUGCUCUGGAGUCUGAAGAGUGGCGUAUAAUCACUGGUAGUGACCCAAAGAAUACACCUUGGUCUUAUCACAAUGGUGGAUCAUGGCCUACGCUUCUGUGGCAGUUCACACUGGCGUGCAUGAAGAUGGGGAGGAUGGAUCUGGCCAAGAAGGCAGUUGAUUUAGCAGAAACAAGGCUUCCGGCAGAUCGCUGGCCUGAAUACUACGAUACUAGGUAUGGGAAAUUUGUUGGAAAGCAAGCCCGACUGUACCAGACCUGGACAAUAGCUGGAUACUUAACAUCUAAAAUGCUUUUGGAAAAUCCUGAGAUGGCUUCUCUGUUAUUCUGGGAAGAAGACUACGACCUUCUUGAAAUUUGUGUUUGCGCUCUUAGCAAAUCCGGGCGUAAGAAGUGCUCCCGAGGCGCUGCCAAGUCCCAGAUUCUUGUGUAAUGAGAUUAGCUGAAGGUGAAACAGCUUUUGCCUGUACAGUUACUAGAUUGUAGGUUAUAGCAAGCAAUGGGCACUUUUAAGCUCAAAGAUUUAACAGUUAACACAACUAGAUUCGCUCUAAGAUCAUUGUAAAAUUGUAAUAAUUCAUUUGUAGUCCGAUUAAUAGUUAUAGUUGAUCGGCUUAGGAAGUACAAAACUACAAAUAGGUGGCUUUGUUGAGAGCCACCUUUGACUGUCCAUAUGAAUAUUAUGUAGCAAGAAUGUCAUGUUUGUAAUGAUAUCUCUGCUGUGGGCGGAGAGAUUUACUUGUA